GAAUCUACAAGAUUAGCUACAUCCGACUGCAGCGUCUAUAGUCCUUGCUUAAAGGGCAUUCGAGCGGGAAGCACUGUUACAACUCGCUGUGUGGUCAUGUUAAGACAGCUAGCUUGUCGGGCCGGCAAUGUGUCUGCCGUUGCCAAAGCCAGUCGUCCUGGCGGCAGGGCCUUUUUGCGGAGUGGACGGCGGUCGUUUACACAGGCUCGGGCUCUCUUGCAACAACAUCAGAAGGAGGAGACUGACAGGAGUGCAAUUGUGCGGAUUCUGAGCUCGAUUGGAAGUAGAAAGGAGAUUGAACAGUACUUGCGGCACUUCUCGAGUGUCGAAUCCCAGAAGUUUGCCGUCAUCAAGGUCGGAGGAGCCAUCAUUACGCAUGAGCUGGAGACGUUGGCCUCUUCUCUCUCUUUCCUUAAUCACGUUGGACUCUAUCCCAUCGUUGUGCACGGCGCUGGUCCGCAGCUCAACAAACUUCUUGAGGAAGCCAACGUGGAACCUGACUACAUUGAUGGCAUUCGUAUCACUGAUGCCAAGACGCUUGAAAUUGCCAGAAAGACCUUUUUGGAGGAGAACUUAAAGCUGUGCGAAGCGCUGGAGAAUCUUGGCACGCGUGCACGACCGAUCCCUGGCGGUGUCUUCUUUGCCGACUACCUCGACAAAGAAAAAUACAAGCUUGUUGGAAAGAUCAACCACGUCAAUAAGGAACCCAUUGAAGCUAGUAUUCGUGCUGGUGCAUUGCCCAUCUUGACUAGUCUGGCAGAGACUAAAGAUGGACAAAUCCUCAAUGUCAAUGCAGAUGUCGCGGCAGGCGAGCUUGCGCGGGUUUUGGAACCACUCAAGAUUGUGUAUUUGAACGAAAAGGGAGGUCUCAUCAACGGAACGACCGGAGAGAAGAUUUCAACUAUCAAUCUUGAUGAGGAGUACGAUGACUUGCUUAAGGAGCCAUGGGUCAAGUACGGUACAAAAUUGAAGCUGCGCGAAAUUAAGGAGCUCUUGGAUCACUUGCCACGAUCUUCAUCAGUAGCCAUCAUCUCUACCGGUGAUUUGCAGAAGGAGCUCUUUACAGACACCGGUGCAGGUACGCUUAUUCGUCGAGGAUACAAGCUGCAAAAGUCAGAGUCCAUUGGCGAUGUUCAGAGCGACCAAGUCCGAAACGCGCUUGCAGAGGACGCCGACAUCAAGUCGGGCGUUUAUUCUGUUGCCACCUAUCUCAAGCAGCUGACGACAGGCAAGUACACCAUAUACGGCGACGAGCCUAUGGAUGUCCUUGCUAUCGUGCGAUACCCUCAAGCCGACGGCGUCCCCAUCCUCGACAAAUUUGUGUCAAAGAAGAAUGGCUGGUUGAACAAUGUCACUGAAAAUAUCUGGUCUGCCAUUACAAAGGACCACCCUAGACUUGUUUGGAAAGUGAAGGAAGCGGACGAGAAUGCUUCAUGGCACUUUUCGCGUUCUGAUGGAUCGCAUCUCGAAAAUGGCGAGUACACAUUCUGGUACGGUCUUGGAGACUUGCAACAGGUCGCCCAGCUUGUCGGGGCGACAGGCAAGCUUCCAACCGGUGCACGCGCUUACUCCACACAAGCGAGGCGUACAGCUCCUGUUUCUGCUCUGCUCGGUGGCGCCUCGGCAGCUGCUAGCAAAGGUCUCAACUUGGCUCGCGGAUACGCUACGAGCACUAAGCCUGCAAAAGUUGCACUCAUCGGCGCACGUGGAUAUACUGGACGUGCGCUUAUUGACUUGAUCAACAACCACCCUCACCUUUCGCUUUCGCACGUCUCGUCAAGAGAGCUCGAGGGCAAAACCCUUGAAGGAUACGACAAGGCACAAAUCAAGUAUGUCAACCUCUCCACCGAGCACGUGAAGAAGAUGAGCGGCACUGGUGAGGUUGACGCGUGGAUCAUGGCCCUGCCCAAUGGUGUAUGCAAGCCUUUUGUGGAUGCCGUCGAGUCUGGCAACGGCAGCGAUGUCAUUAUUGAUCUGUCUGCAGACUACCGAUUCGAGGAGAAUUGGGACUAUGGUUUGCCAGAACUGGUCGACCGAAGCGCGCUCGCCGCAAGCAAGCGUAUCUCCAACCCUGGUUGUUACGCGACUGCCGCACAAAUUGCUAUUGCGCCCCUCCUUGAGCACAUUGAAGGCCAGGCCACAGUCUUUGGCGUUUCUGGCUACUCAGGUGCAGGUACAAAGCCGUCACCUAAGAAUGAUAUCAAGCAGCUCUCUGACAACUUGAUGCCUUACUCACUGGUAGGCCACUUGCACGAGAAGGAAGUCUCUGCGCAGCUCAAGACGCCGAUCGCCUUUGUUCCUCACGUCGCACAAUGGUUCCAGGGUAUCUCUUGCACAGUCAGCAUCCCGUUGAAGAGCAAGAUGAACGCUCGCGACAUUCGCAACAUCUUCCAGGACUUUUACGCCGGAGAGAAGCUGAUCCAGGUCACGGGAGAUAUUCCACUUGUCAAGGAUAUUAGCGGCAAGCACCACGUCUCUGUCGGCGGCUUUGGCGUGUCGGCGGACGGCAAGCGCGUUGUUGUUUGUGCAACAAUCGACAACCUGCUCAAAGGUGCUGCUACACAGUGUGUGCAGAACCUCAACAUCGCACUGGGCUAUGAUGAGUACGCUGGCAUCCCUGUCGGUGGACAUUAGACACAUAGCCUGCAUAGAAAUUUCUUUAUGCUUCCCUUUAUUCGCG